AGGUAGCGUAAUGGCUGGUAGAGUUCAAAUGGACGACGACAACGAAUCGAGCAGUGAUUUAGAACUGCCGUUGUCUCAAGACCGCGGAAACGAGCAGGAAACUUUGAUAAAGAGUCCUUCGAAUCAAGCAACUCCACGAUACGUCUAUUUUCUCACCGCGUUCGCGGCGAUUGGCGGAUUCUUAUUCGGCUAUGACACUGGUGUGAUUUCUGGUGCUAUGAUUCUCAUCAAACAAGAGUUUCAGUUGUCUUAUUUUUGGCAAGAGCUUGUUGUUAGUGUGACUAUAGGGACAGCCAUAUUAGGUGCCCUGUUAGGUGGUUUUCUUAAUCAAUGGCUCGGUAGAAAGCCGAUUUUAAUCGUCUCCGCGACAGUAUUCACAGUUGGAGCGAUAGUGAUGGGAGUCGCUCACUCUCGAGAAGUUCUCCUCCUCGGAAGACUUAUUGUAGGAUUUGGAAUAGGUGAGCUUGACUUGACACUUAAAAGAUGUUAUUUUGUCUGUUGUGCUAUGUGUUUGUGAGUGUUUUUGUUUUAUUUUUCAUUUUAUUGUUAUGUUUCUCAUUUAACUGACAAUGUAAACAGUCUUGCAAGGCUGUUUACAUUGUCAGUUAAAUGAGAAACAUAAUUGACUAGCUUUGACAUUAGCCUGCAUGUAGGGCUGCAGUGUGAGCGUUAUCAGUCAUGUGAUUUUCUGUGUGUCAUCAGCCUUCAGGGCUUCAGGGCUCAUUCCAGGGGGCUUCGGAUUUUCUCUUCAAAGCAAACAACGAAAAUUUGGAACCUUCAGAAAAUCUUUUCAAAGGUGCUGGCCAAACAUUAGAUUCAGAUUUCAUUUUUCUUGGGGUAGCACCAAAAAUUAAGGGUUUGGAACCUUUUUGGAGGGAGGGAUAUGUGGAUAAAAAGUGGAAUGUUCCAGGGAGGGAAGGGGUUUAAAAUUUUGAUCCAACCAUAGCUUUUCCGUCUGGAUUGUUUGUUUAAAAGGUGAAAUGAAAACUGUUAGUUCUGAAAAAAAAAGGUAAUGAUAGUGAUUAUGAUGAUGAUUUCGUUAUCUAACCCCUAAAGCCCUGCUUGGUAUUGGAGCCCAAGGUUAAGAGUUUAGGCCUUCUUUUCAAUUUCUCUGAAGACUGAUUUUUAAGGGCCCAGUUUUUAGCAUUCGUGGAAAUGGUUUUGAAAACUCUGGGCCUCACAUUUUAUACAGAGUGCUAAAUAUAACCAUGGAAACCUUCAAAUUUAUGGCUGAUUUACAUUAAAGCAGAUUUUGUUAACCCAUUCACCCUAGCCAUCCAUAACUGCCUGUGAUAUCACAUCUUUUGUGCUAUUUUCAACAGAUCAAUUGUGAUGGUUUCUUAACUUGGAUAGAAGGCUCAAAUGACAAUGUAAAACUAAAAAGCGAAAUUGUGUAACUUUGUUUUGAAAAUAAUAAGGCAUAAGUUGUUCCGACAGACUAAAAUACUGGUAUUUGUGAAAUUAAGGGAUUUGAUUAUUCAGACAAUUUAAACAUUUCUGAUUGAUGAUAAGAUACACUGCAUUAGCACUUUCAUUGACUUGGAUAAAGUAAACAAUUAUAGUCAGGGGGCCAUUGUCACUUUUUUUGCAUAAAAUAUUACCUUCUGUACAUGCCCAUAUUUAGAAACCUUUGGUUUUGCAUCAGGAACAAAAUCCACGGGGGUACUGGACUUGAAAUCAACAUUUUGGUUGGUUUAAUUUUGCUUCAUUUAUUUUUUGGUCAGACAGUGACCAGAAAACAGCUCUCAACAAGGUCUUAAGGCCAGAGUUGAGGUGUUAUCAGAUUAAGGUGUUUUAAAGGGCAGUUGGUUGGCCUUUGUGAAGAAUUUGUGAAUUUGUGAAAUAAUUUAGGUAUCACCACCAGGAGCAAUCAAAAAAAAAUUCCAAGUAAUUUUUAAACAAAUCAGCAAUUACCCAAUUAUUAGCUAUUAAUUUGGUUAUUAAUAUUUUAACCACCCUUUGGUUUUUAAACAACAGGUGGUGCUUCAGUUACUGUUCCUGUGUAUAUUGCUGAAACAGCACCUUCAAAUACGCGAGGGCGAAUGGUCACCAUCAAUAACAUGUUUAUUACUGGUGGACAGUUCAUUGCUGCCGUUAUAGAUGGGAUUUUUAGCCCUUACAAAAGGAAUGGAUGGAGGUACAGAUACAUAUGUACAAUCAUUAUAUUACUCAAUUAUAUAUUGCAUUAUAGAAUAUGAUGUUCUCUAGUCAGUUGUACAGUUACAGGCUACUUUGAAGAAGAAAUGAAAAACUUUAAGUUUACUUGACAGGAUUUGAUCUUAUUGCCCUCUGGUUGGUAACUACUAGUCUAGAUGCCCUACCACUGAGGUACAGGAGACCAAUGGGAGCUAUUACAGUGCAACCGGGAAAACCAUUGACACUUGGAAUAGCUCAGGAAUGUUUAUUGUGUUACGACCAAUCACUGCAAAGAUCAGGACACGUGAACUAGCCUCAAAACCUCAAACUAAUUAAUGGUCUUGUUUCUCAUGCCUAAAUGGCUAUUUUCUUGCAACACAAUAACAUUCCAGAAAUGUUUCUGGUAUUCACGGUUUUCCCAGUUUGACUGUAAAAAGGUCAUCAAACUACUAGUUUAAUUUUAAUGUGAUAAACAUCCUGCAUACUGCACGUGUGGCUUGGAUGUCAAGAAGUGGUAUACUUGUAAUGAUAUACACAUGCUCUCCCUUUUAUUUCCUUAACGCAUUCGCUCCUGGAGAUUUUGCCCAAAAACGCGUUUUGAGGCUAGUCGAGUGGUUUUCUGGUCACUGUCAUGCUAUAAAGAGCUAAAACUUACCACAAACCAGUUUACAGGUUGUACACUUGGCGGCCUUCUGAUCCAGAUGCAAAAUAUCAGCUUGUGAAGUUCAGGCAUGCGCAGAAAGCAAAAUUUCGAGAAAGUUUUGGGGUUUAAAAGUGACACAGCAGUCUUGACUUUGACUUUUCGCUUUCUCUCCUCCCUUCUUUUUUCGCUUUUCUUGCCUCAUUUUUUUUUUCUCUUGCUGGGCAUUUAGUAGGCUUUAUUUUGGUGGGAAGAGUUUUUAGGAAAGCUUUUAGGAUCUUAGGAUUAGGUGAAAGGAAAGGUAGGUGGGUAAUGGAACAAGAUUUUCAUGGAGAUUUUCAGGUCCUUGUCACGUGGUUUUUUGCUUCUUUCUCGGGUGUCCUUGACUGAAUUGUGUUCAUUCUGGUAUGGUUUGAAAGAUCUCUUCACUCUGCACAAGUUAGCGAAGAAAGUUGUCCUUGACCGUUAAAACUGAUGACGUCACAAAGGGUAGAAAGGACCUGGAUCCGCACGGGCGGUUACGGGCGGUUCAGGGCUUAAUGGGUUAAUCAAAAACCGAAAAAGUGGCCUUUUACCAACUUUUUCACCUGAUUUUACAUGAAAUAGACAGAUUUGGUUGUUUUAUGCUGAAAAGUGGAUUUUUUUCAAAAAGCUUGGUACUCUGCUUAACCCAUUCGCUGCUGGAGAUUUUGCCCAAAAACGCGUUUUGAGGCUAGUCGAGUGGUUUUCUGGUCACUGUCGUGCUAUAAAGAGCUAAAACUUACCACAAACCGGUUUACAGGUUGUACACUUGGCGGCCUUCUGAUCCAGAUGCAAAAUAUCAGCUUGUGAAGUUCGGGCAUGCGCAGAAAGCAAAAUUUCGAGAUAGUUUUGGGGUUUAAAAGUGACACAGCAGUCUUGACUUUGACUUUUCGCUUUCUCUCCUCCCUUCUUUUUUCGCUUUUCUUGCCUCAUUUUUUUUUUCUCUUGCUGGGCAUUUAGUAGGCUUUAUUUUGGUGGGAAGAGUUUUUAGGAAAGCUUUUAGGAUCUUAGGAUUAGGUGAAAGGAAAGGUAGGUGGGUAAUGGAACAAGAUUUUCAUGGAGAUUUUCAGGUCCUUGUCACAUGGUUUUUUGCUUCUUUCUCGGGUGUCCUUGACUGAAUUGUGUUCAUUCUGGUAUGGUUUGAAAGAUCUCUUCACUCUGCACAAGUUAGCGAAGAAAGUUGUCCUUGACCGUUAAAACUGAUGACGUCACAAAGGGUAGAAAGGACCUGGAUCCGCACGGGCGGUUAUGGGCGGUUCAGGGGUGAAUGGGUUAAUAAUUAGUUACUAAAGUGAUGAUGUCAUAAAAAUGAAAUUUCUGAAAUAUAUGGGAUUUGUCAGGAUAUUCUGAAAGAACAAUGUCCAAGAGGGCUACUUACCAAAAAUGAGCAUUUCGGCGCAAAUUUUCGCUGAGAUCGUAGCCCAGUUAUGCCGAGAAAACUCCAUACAAACCCUUCUAAAUUUUUUUGGGUCAACCCCCAAAAAAUCUCAGGGACAAUUUGCCCCGAAAUGCUCAUUUUUGGCAAGUAGGCCCGUUGGACGUUGCUCUUUCAGAAUAUCCUGACAAAUCCCAUAAUUUCAGAAAUUUAAUUUUUAUGAUGACACGCUUUAAAACUCUAUACCCAUACACCAUACCUGACACAAGUGUAAAUUACAAUAACACUGCAUUUUUGUUUUUCUCUUUGUCUUCCUAGGUUCAUGCUUGGUUUAGCUGCUUUGCCAUCUCUUGUCAUGUUUUUUGGUUGCCUUUUUCUCCCUGAGAGCCCUCGAUGGCUUCUUAGUAAAGGUUAUGGUGAGCGAGCUAAGGCUGUGCUGAUGAAAUUAAGGGGUGCUUCAGACGUGAGUUCAGAGCUUGAGGCCAUGAAAAAUGUGGUCGAAGAGGAAAGCUCCAUGGAUGAAAGUAAGUCCACACCUGUUAAGUGUUAAAUGUGGCAAAAUGAAAUUUACUGUAAGCUAAGUUAAACGCAAGACAUUGCUAGUCUGCUGUCUCUUUCAUUGAAUUAAUAGGGGCACACUAAUAAAGAGCUUGACAAAGUCAUUUUUGAGCAAUGCAUGUCAUUCGGAAGUGAGACCAUUUCCCUAUUAAUAUGCCAUGUUGCUAUGUAAUUUGUAUAUCACUAAGUGUCUUUGCUCACCGUAAUUCCAAGGCGGCUACGAGGAUGAGAUUUUCCUAAUACUUAGUAGUGCAAGUUCUUGAAGCAGCAUCAUUUUGGUGGGAAAAUUCAAUAGGCAUGGUCAUUCCUUUAUGGGUUUUAUAGAGACUGUCACAGUAGGACAAACAAGUUAUCAAAUAUUAAGAAUUUCAUCAUUUUGCAAUUGGGAGAGGGCUCAAAAUCCUUUAAUAAACAUAAAUGUGCUAACUUUUCUGGUGAAGAAAGGGACAGUGAAGCUUUCUGGGAUGUAUAUUUUUUGAGAAUAUUAUGCAAAAAAAAAAAACUUUGAGUCAAAUAUCAUCCUUGAAUCUGAAAAUCUCUCUUUACUUGAAAAAGUGCCAUUUUAAAAUUAAGUGCUGUCCAUAAAAUAGCUCCAGUCCUAAUAGGCAAUAAAAUAAAUAGGUGAGAUGGGAAAGUAAAAUUGCUGCAGAUCCUCUCAGCAACCUAUACUGUAGUGGUGCUUGUCGAUUAUGGCGUGAUGGUACAGAAAGAGACAGAAAACCCUUUUGUUUGAGAAUUCCUCUUUUACAGAUAAUUUUUCUUUUGACCAUCAUUUUUUUUUUCUUGAUAUAGUAGUCUUACAGAAGAAUCCCGAUUUUUCAAACAACCCUGGGAAAAGCAAAUUGGUUCGAAUUAUUGGUAGGUUUUAAAAAAUAUGGGGUAAAAUGACAGUUUUUGACAGGUGAUGGGAGUGUUCGCCUUUUAAAAUUAUGAAUUGAUAUUGUUGGAGAAACAUGAUGUUCAUCACUUGUGAAACUUUCAACAAUAACUUAGAUGAUCAUAGUAGAGAACCUUUUCUUUUUUUCUAGACUCUGGUUCAUUCACUCAGAGUGGAGUGUACAAGAUUUUAGCUUCCUCAUCAAUGAGAAAAGCAGUUCUGGUGGGAUGUAUGCUGCAGGCAAUACAACAGCUGUCAGGGAUAAAUACUGUCAUGUAAGUGCAGUUUUUAUUCUGUCCACAGUAUUUUGAUAGGGAACUUAAAGGAGCUUUGUCGUAAGGAUAUAAUAGUACUGUUUUAUGUCAAUUCUGUGCUGAAGUCAUAUACUUAGUAUAGUGUCUUUGCCCAUACAGAAAACAGCUCCAUUAGAGAUGUAGAUAAGAUUCAAACAAAUUUGAUUAGCCAGGGUGUGCUUAAACCAUUAAAAAUUUUUUGGUGAUUUUUGCAGGCAUGGUGUUAAACCGAUCCAUGUCCAUCCUUGCCAUUGGUUGCAACAGACAAUAGGAAAUAGCUUUGAUGCCUAAUUUUGUCUACUGUUAAAUAACAAAAGAAGAGCAUUAAUUUCGAUAUUCAUUUGAUGUAAUGACAAGUUUAAGCUCUUAAAAAAGAUAGCAAGAUGGUGAAAGCAACAUUAGAUGGACGGGGAGACAAAAAAAUCGAUUCCCCAAGUCUUUCCCAAUUGCACCUUGUGCACAAGUUACAUCCAACAGCUUCCAGAAUGUUUCGCACCACACAAAAAUUGAGCAUUAAUUCCUAUUGUUUUUACAACAGGUAUUAUAGUGCCACUAUCAUACAGAUGUCAGGAGUUCAAGGUGAACAGCUCGCCAUCUGGUUGGCAGCAGUCGUAGCCUUUGGUAACUUCUUAUUCACUCUGGUAGGUGUCUGUCUUGUAGAGAAGAUGGGCCGCCGGAAACUGCUCCUAGUAAGCCUUGCUGGUGUCAUAUUUAGCUUAUCUCUGCUGGGAGGUGCUUUUUACAUUGCUGAGCAAUAUGAUGCACCAAUAGCUUUCCAAGAGGAGAGACCCUCUUACAUCAUGAACAACUGCCCUGUCAGUGGGCACUGUUUAGACUGUUUAGAUGCCAAAUGUGGAUUUUGUUUUGACACAGACACUGCAAGCAAUCCAAUUAAUGGAUCUUGUCUUCCAGUCAAUACAUCUAGUCCCAGCACUGCGGCUUAUGGACGGUGCAGUAGAGCAGGUCAUUCGGCCUCAUGGUCGUACCUGGCCUGUCCUUUUAAAUAUGCCUGGAUCGCUAUUGUGGCCUUAAUCCUUUACAUUGGAGCUUUUGCUCCAGGUAUGGGACCCAUGCCAUGGACUAUCAAUUCUGAGAUCUACCCCCUAUGGGCACGAAGCACUGGAAAUGCGCUUUCUACUGCUACAAACUGGACUUUCAACCUGAUAAUUUCCAUGACUUUUCUUUCGCUUACGGAAUGGAUCACUCGCUAUGGAGCGUUUUGGCUUUAUGGCGGUAUUGCAUUUUGUGGAUGGCUAUUUUUCUUUUUCACUGUUCCAGAAACCAAAGGAAAAUCUUUAGAAGAGCUUGAACAUUUAUUUCGAUAAUCAAGUAGUCCAAAAUUCUAAUGGACCUGAAUAUGAUAUAAUAUUGGGUAGCCCGUGAGCAAGCUAUCCAUUGGGCAAAGCAAGCCACAGUCUGCCCCAUAAAAGGGGAUCCAAGACAGUCUUGGGUUCUGGAUUCUGGGUUCUGGUAGCCUUGUCACGCAUGAAAUUCAACAGAGGCUUCUAUUGACGUUUAUGUGAAUUGUUUUAGUUAUUUUUUGCAGUACUUUACCAAAAUUAAAGUGGAUACUUUUUGUGAAUGUUACUUUGGUCCUUUUUUUAAAAGGUUAAAUAAAGACUAAACGAAGACUCAAUCUUCUACAUUUAGCGUAAAAUCGUUUUAUUUAUCAUCAAACUCGUGUGAUUGCUAAGUGAUUGUUUGAAAUCAGGGACCGACUCAACCAAAUUCAGAGAGGGACGGCUCUAUGGCUUUUAAAAAGAGUCCCCUCCCCCCCCCUCUUCCCCUCCCCUCAUAUUCCAUAAAGAAGAAAAGGAAGAAGAAGAAAAGAAAAAAGAAACAAACUGACAUGUUCACAUUGAAAACUGAUAAAAAGCAGAGCACCGGAGAUUUGAAUAUCCAUGAAUCCUACAACGGGGAAAAGCGCCCUGGGGACGAGGUUGAUCCUACAAAGGUUUUAAAAGAACUCUAUUAACGAUUUCCACCGCUUUGUCGGGUCCGGGAGUGGAGCGGGCUCAUUUCCCGAACAGCGGGUGCCUACCGAUAACGAAAACCGUCGCGAAAUGGGUUUAAGGUUUAGCGCCCCUUUCAUAACCUACGCCACAGACAAAACUAAACUCUGGUUUAAAUCACGCUUCCGACGUAGGCUAGCCUUCAAGUAAGCCAAUUUUUAAGCAAACUUUUCUUGUGUAGGAUCUAGGAAUAUGGACUUGGGAUAACACCAAUUGAUACUCAAGGCGAUCAACAGCAAAGUAAAUACAAUAGCGGAUUAAAAUUUUUAUUAGCGCUCAUAGGAGCGUAGCUAUCUGUACACCAGUACGCAUGCAUUCCUGAAAAAUGUCGCCCUAGCCUGAAAAACGCGAAUAAAAUAACCUCUGUUAAGCAGGCUAAUGUCGCCCCUGCUAAUAGGCUUUUCACAGAAGAAUAGACCCUUCUAUGGUAGCCUGCAUAGCAGACGCCGAAAGUGGUAGGAUGUUGCCUGAGAAAGGGAAAUAGCGAGGAGAUUGGGGAGAGAGGCUCUCUUCCCUUCUCCCUUUUCCCUUUUGCGCUUUCCUCCCCAUUCCCUUCUUAUUUCCACUUUUGACUGAGACCAGUUGGGAGAAAUCCGUCUGGAAAGAACUGUCUUAAAAUUAGCGGAGAAGCCAUUUUCGAACGUGAUUUGUUGAAAAGACCAAGAAAGAUUCAUGUAUAGCUCCGCAAAACGCCGAAUUUUAUUUUUGGCGUUUGUAUACUGUGGGCAAGCUCUUACCCACACUAUAUAACUUCAUACAAAGGUCUGUAAAAUGUUGCGACUUUGAGGAGCAAUAUCUUGGCUUGCUUUUAAAUUGUCACCUGUAAACUUGGUAAGUUUCCUAAGUCCUGCUCUUCCCAGCAGUGUCAAUGGAUAUUCUUAAAAAAUCAAAAACAAACAGAACAAAACAAAAAAACAAUGUCUAGUCAAACCAAAGUUUGCGAGCACACCAUUUAAGACAUCACUUGAUAUUUUCAUUAAACAGGCAUCUCUGCAAGUAAACGACUAUUCAACAAAACAAUAGUAAGUAAUGAACAAAAGUUCCUUCUUCGGGUCAGGCCUUUCAGUACUUUAGAAUCGUUGCAAGGUUUGCAUACACCGAAAUCAAAGAAAAAGUUAAAAAAAUAAUAAUAAUAAAAACUUUGUAGUUCGCGCGCGGCUCUACCACGCAGCUUAUCAGAAUUUUUUCCGUUAUUUGUUUCAUCUCUGCAGGUAUCCAGAUCUCAGUGGAAUAGGGGUUGGGGGACGGCCUUGACAGGAACGUUCAAUUUGGUCAGCGGCCACGCUCUUCAUGGUGCUUUUCGGUUCAAUGUGUUUAUUUCGGUUCGAUAAAGCGUGAAAUUAUUUAUUUAUGGCUUCAACAGUUAAAACUUGGUGGAACUUAAUGCUCUCUGAAGGCCCCCGGACUCCCCUAGCAGCUCAAGCCUUUGGCGCUCGUGAUUGCCACCUCCCCCCACCAAUAAAUCUGACCUUGCUACGGCAACAGUAAAAGGAAGAAAGGAGAUGUAUUUCCCAAGCUCUCUCCAAUCAGCUGAUCGGUGGCGCCUCGUUUUCACGAGAAAGGGAAAAAACGCGGGAAAAUUUGCGUCACGUGAACAGUUCAGCCGAAGAAGACAGCAUGGCGGUGAGUUGUUGUAAAUCUUUAAAGAAAUUUCAUUUAGUUUCUUGAUCUGAAACCCUUUCUUGUUUCUAUAACGAUUAGUCUUCAGAUCGAUCUCAUUUUGAUUGCAGUGUAUUUCCUAUUUUUGCUUUUCGAUCGCUUUUUUGGCCACAAAUUCAGUCGGCAUGGCUUCGUGUAGCUUUGUGUUGUGCAGAACAUUGUUCGAUCGAGUGUACCGCAACUUUUCUAUUGAUUUCAUGUCUCAUUCUGUUCGAUUGAUUCAAGCUUAGAAUAAGCGUGGUAAUGUAUUCAUAGUCGUUAUUUGACGAACUUUGUAGAUUCCAUGCAUGUAUGCUCGAGUUGUCGGUCGUUAAUGAAGCUCAAAGCCAACUUUAUUUUAAUCCAGAAAUGUACACUUUUGAUUGCAAAGCGUUUCCGGGCUUGUACAACAGUUGGAAUCGCUAAAUAUCCUAUAAUCUUAUUGCUCAUUUCAUCUAGCUGCAAGUAGGUCGUGAUUAGUUAAAAUUUGAUCAUUGUUAUUAUAAAAGCUUGCUAAAUUCUUCUGGAAAAAAUUAUGGUAAAUAUGAUAUCCAACAUAUCACGAGAACCUCAGCACUGGACUUGUGGCUCGCAGAGAUCACAUAUUUAUGAUGGAGUCUGCCUUUUUUAACAAUGAGGUUUUCUUAAAUUUUUCUCAAACUUAUUUAACUUAAUUUUUCCUAAUUUUUAAAUUUUCCAAAAAUUAAUUAAAACAAAACAUAUACAUGCAAAUUUUUUUUUCAUCAAAAUCCACUAGGAUUACAUUCUAGGGAGAUCAAUGCUGAACUCUAUGGGUUUCUUUAUUGUGCAACUUUCUUAAGCCCAGUUCAGAUGCUGUGCUUCAUAUUUGCCCAAUCAAAUUCACUGACUUGAGUUCAUGUGAAGUAUGGUGUCUUUAUCAAUUGGAAAUGGUGAAAAUUGGAAAGAGCUAUUUUGCAAUAACAUAGAUACAAUAUUAUAGAUGAUGUAAAAUAAUUUAGGUGAAUUAAUGUAAUGAAGAUUAGUGUUGUAAACUGAUUAAAAAUUUUGUGUCUGACAAAUUUUUCAGAUUGCUUUGAUAUCGUAAAUUCCACUAGCGCAAUUUUUUCAAAUCAAUUUACAUUUCGACAGGCAUCACGCAAUGCAAAUAACAAUAUUUAUUUCAUUACCAAUGAGCAAUGCCUGGACAGCUACAUUAGCAAGAUCGCCAGGUCCGUUUGUACCUGAAUCAAAGAACACUACUGUCCACAAUGACCACCUCUCCACAACAGCCAGUCCCCUCUACAACAGCCAAUUUUUGGCGGACAGUCCAUACAUCCACUUUUCUUUAAACCUUUCUACAAUGGCCUGUCCGGAAGGUGGCCGUUGUUGUUACCUCAUGUAGUUUCUGCUUCCAGCAUGAAGCAAUAUUCUGACAAGACAACUUUUUGAUGAGCAAAGUUUAUUCAGCAUCGACGUCCUAAUGGUGUUCACUACAAAGUUACACUGCACAAUGAAUAACAGUUUUUAGCAUGAUCUACAGCUAAUCAAAUAUGAACAAGGAAUGGUCCAUAUUGGGAAUAACGAUCUAAACAAUCCUCAGCUAAUUGAGUAUGCAAUAACGUAUUGCAACAGUCGUAGAGAGGUCCAACUGUAAUUCCCUAAUCAAACAAGACCAAUCCCUUGAUACUCCUGACUGCAGGGCAACAGGUCACAACAUCAACCCAUACAGUUUAAAAGUACUCUCCAGGGUUCUCAAUAGGAUUUGAAAUAGGCGUCUGCCCAACCUUAAGGAGGCGGCUUUGACAAAUGGAGGGGCUGUAAACUAGAGAGAGAAAAGUAGCAAUUAGAAUGCAAAGAAAGCAGCUACAAAUUCCAAAGUAGGUGGAGAUCAAUCUUUGGGUGCUGACUUCUAUUGAGAACCCUGACUAUCCAACAAAAAUAACACCAUCAAGGGCCACAUCAAGGAAGUCAUUGCCAUUAAACUAAGACAACCCUCUGGUCUAGACUCACCAGCAAUUUACAGUCCACUCCUGAGGAUAUGUAGCAAUUUUUCUGUUGCACAACCUGACACUUCACAAUGCUGAUGAAGUUCGAGCAAUUUGGACCAAAUAUUCAUUUUCUGUCUCAAAUUUUGCUCUGAGUUUUUUUUUCUAUUCUAAAUAUUUGUUUCCCUUCAGGAAUCCUCAAGCAGCAUCGGUGUACCAAGUAGUCCUCAGAGGACAGAUGGUCUAACGUCCAGCCCUGGUAGAGACUUACCUCCUUUUGAAGAUGAAACUGACGCAGUUCUGGGAAAUGAAAACGUGGUUGACGAGGAAGAUGGAGAAGAGUUGUUUGGUGAUAGGAUGGAACAGUAAGUUGAAACAGACACUUCAUUGAUAUUUGGGGUUGCUUUCAUCCUUGGCCACUGUCUAGAUAAAAAGUUUGUGGAUUAUUGGAAAAUAAUUUUGUUUUAAGAUAAUGAAAGACACAAAGAGCUUGAUUGUUAAAAAUAAAGCUUUAGAGCUAUUGUUUAUUAUAAUGCUUGCACGAGGCUGGCAUGUACAAUUUUCAUUGUGCUACUUGGAGGUUGUUCAUUCCCUUCAGUAGCAGGUGGCUAUAGUUUUCACUUUGUCAAUAGUUUUCACUCUGGCAAACACAUGAAAGGUCACCAUAGUUCUUUUCUAGGGUAAUGUGGCUGGUCCAGGGAAUAUUGUGGACUUGAUGUAGAUGGUUUAAAAUUUAUAGUACCGCUCAAAAGUAAGUUACCAGUCAAGUCUCGUUUCCUGCGCAACGAGAUAUAUAUGUUUGUUAUGUUUUGUUUAAAACUAUAUGAGCUUUUUUGUAUUUGUAGGGAUUACCGUCCAAUUCCAGCCCUUGAUGUGUACGAGGCUGGUGCUUUAGAUGAAGACGAGUAUGAUGAGAUGGCUCCUGAGGCUCGGCAAGAAGCUGAGCGGCUGAUGAGAAAGAGGGACCGAGAGGAGGCAGCAGCCAUGGGACGACUUCAUCGAGGACUACUUUAUGGUAAAGACAAAUUCUUGUGACAUGAUUUGACCUGAAAAGUCACUUUUUCCAUGCAGCCUUAAAAAUGCUGUUUUGUACAUAUUUGCAGUUUUAAUGUGAAAGUUUAAAUAUUGAUUUCUUGUUUUUUAAGAUGAAACUGAUGAAGAGGAUGAGGAACAACCUAGACGAAGGCGUCGGCUUGCAGAAAGAGCGGCAGAUGGAGAUUUGCAAGAUGAGGAUGAGGUAUUGAAAUCUUAAAGGGAAACCUCAACUUACAAAAUGUAUUUUUAUGUUUAUAUUAAGAACAUUGGAACAUUUCAUCCACAUUCAAAAGUGACAUUUGAGUGAAUGGCCUAAACAGAUUGUCACCGUACACUAGGUUAAUCCAGUAUUUCUCCUCUCUCUCCAGCUUAUUGAAAGUAUUGAAAACCUUGAAGACAUGAAAGGUCAUUCUGUACGGGAAUGGGUUUCCAUGCAGGCCCCCAGACUUGAAAUCAAGAACAGAUUUAAACAGUUUCUUCGGUCAUUUGUUGAUGAUCAAGGGCAUAGUGUUUACAGGGAGAAGAUAUCACAGAUGUGUGAAGGUAGAUCAGAUGCUAUUUAUUUUUCUUGUCAGCAUAAUCUUCAUGAGAUAAGCCAUCUCCAAAGAACAGCAACAGCAAAAUUCAACAGAAUAGAUAAUUUACAAAGGCAAAAUCAUUAUAUUUUCUUUGACUGCUCUUUCUUCUUCUUCAGUGAUUGUGAAUAAGUGUGAUUACAUGUUUGAUAACAACUUACAUACUCUUGUGAGCUACAACUGCAUGUGUUUGAUUUGAUUUGAUUCUAGGUUACACUGACAAGUCUGAACCAUAGUAUUGUCCGAAAAUUUAUUUUUGGGUGACUACGGGAAUUAAAGCAAAAGGCUGUCACUAAGAUUUCAAGUUAGUAGGUGGGGGAUCCGGAAUUGAGCAGCUAGGAAGUUCUCUUGGUUCGAUUUUCCUCUUGUUUUCAUGACAGUAGCUGGGGAGGGGGAAUCAUUCUUAUCCUAGCCACAGGAAAUUCCUGCUCCCUGGCCUUUAGUGACAGCCCUGCAACAUGUGUCAAAGUCAUUAAUGCCUUUUUUGUGUUUGUUCUGUUUUCUUAGCAAACAGACAAAGUCUUGUUGUUGAUUAUAACAUCCUGGCAAAUGAGCAACAGGUCUUAGCAUAUUUUCUUCCCGAGGCACCAUCAGAAGUCUUGCAAAUUUUUGACGAGGUAAUUAGCAAAUAAGACUUAUCAGAUGGAAGUGUUACUCUUUCACUCCUGUCAGUGACCAACUGAAAAGAACCUAGAAAGUAUUCACAAUCAUUGUCAAAAGUGGUGAUAAGGCUUUUAUGGUUUACCUCUUUUUUCCCUUCUUCCCCUUCCCACUGGUCCCCUGUUCUUUUAUAUCCCAACAUUGAGUAAGGGGGAUGGGGGGUAUUUAUCAAAAGGGAGAACCAUCUUUUUGGACAUUAAAGUGAACUGUUGUCAAUUUGUACAACCUUCCCAACUACAUUGGCAGGAUUGUAGAAAUAAACAGUUCCAUAGUGAGCUGAAAGUAGUAUUAUACAGAUGCUACUUAAAUGGUCACAUGAGCUGAGGGUUUUGUUGACAGAGUCAUAGUUAGAACUAUGGUAAAUUAAAAAAUUUAAAGGCACACAUGAGCCAAAGGCCCCAACCACCAGCGCUCAUCCCAGUUUCCUUAGCAUGAAGCAUGCCUAAUAAUAUUGCUACUCCCCCCUGGACGGGACACUUGUCCAUCGCAGGGUUACCCCCCAGCAGUAUGUUGCCAGUACCCACUUAUACACCUUGGUGGAGAGAGACAAGUGGAGUAAUAUUCCUUGUCUAAGGAAACAACGUGACAGGCAAGGCUUGAAACCUGGACCUCCAGAUCAGAGUUUGAGGUGAUAACCACUUGGCCAAACAUGCCUCCACAGUUAGACCUAUAAGUGGCAUGAGGAGCAAGCAAUGUCUCUUUCACCUGGACAAUGUUAUUUCUCAAUGGAAGACUGCUAGAAUGCUUCAAGCCUAGUAUUUUCACUCAUAUGAGACAAAUUAGUAAACUAAAAAUUAAACUGGUUUGAAUGUUUUAUAGCAGGGGCCUUUUAAACAUUAACAUUAACUUUAGUUGGACUUCUUUCCAGGGUGCAAAGGAGGUAGUGCUUGCAAUGUUUCCAAACUAUGACCGCAUUGCGAGUGAUAUCCAUGUACGCAUUGCAGACCUACCUCUCAUGGAGGAGCUAAGAUCAUUAAGGUAUGGCAGUUGGUUACAAUCCUCAUGCUUGUUGUUUUGACUUCUCCCAUAGGUUCAAAGCUUUACACUAGAUCAAUAUAAUGCUUGCAGGGAUUUUGUUGGAUCGAUAACAAAAAACAAGAAUGUUUAAUUAUUGCACAUAACAAUGUUUAAAAGCUCAAGCUAUCGGUACAAAAAAAUUGUCUUAAGUUUAUUUUCAGACAUCUCUUUCAGGUUACAGCAACAAACAUUUGGAAACGAGUAAAGAAAAUUUGCUUGGUGUGACAUUCCAAAAAAUAUCCAUACUCCCCAUGAAAGGGAAUUCUUCUCUAACCCUUCCCCUGUGGAAUUUCCAAUCUCUAAAAGAGGCAGAGAGUGGUGGGGGUGGGUUGUCUGGAUAUGUAUACUUUCUGGGAGUACACAAUGUUGUUUAUUUAUUUUGUUUGUUUAUUUAUUUUUGCAGACAGCUGCACGUGAACCAAUUGAUUCGAACUUGUGGUGUCGUGACAAGUAGCACAGGCAUUCUUCCACAGCUCAGCAUGGUGAAAUAUGACUGUCAGAAGUGCUCUUUUAUCCUCGGGCCAUUUUUCCAAUCACCCAAUCAAGAGGUCAAGCCAGGCUCCUGUCCAGAAUGUCAAUCACGAGGACCUUUCGAAAUAAACAUGGAUCAGGUUAGAUUGUGAAGAAAAUGGAGUUUGUAGUGCAUCAGAUUGGUUUCUCGGGCCCAGAAGAGUCUUUAUGGCAAAUUUAUACAUUGAAGGAAGUUUGGGCUAGGGUAUGAUGAAGGAAGGCCUUAAAGGACUCAAUUGUGUAAAGAAGUGUGACGUCACAAAAAUUUGAAUUUGCAAAAUUAUGGGAUUGAUUGGCAUAUUGAGCACAACAUCACUUAAAUCUCACCAACAAUUUGCACUAACCCAACGAUUUUUGUCAAGUCGCCUUUUUCGUCAUGUUCUUUCCGACUAUCCUGCCCAAUCCCAUAAUUUCUUUAAUUUAGAUUUUGUCAUACCGUUGCUUCUCUACUCUAUUUUUUGUCAAAUUCCCCUUUGUCUUGCAAGCAAAGAAAAGGGAGAGUUUAAUCCAGGAUUUAAUUUCUUACCAAUUGGGUCAAUUAAAACCUGGCAUUUGAGCGAAUGAACCCUGAAUGUCUACUUCAGAUUUCCUCUAGUAACAAAUAAGUGAGAAAAUAUUAAAACUUUUCUUGUUUUUUCCUUGUAGACUAUUUAUCAAAACUUUCAAAAGAUAAAGAUUCAGGAAAGUCCCAGCAAAGUGGCAGCAGGCAGGCUUCCCCGAUACAAAGAUGUCAUUCUGACUGGUGAUCUUGUAGACAGCUGCAAACCAGGAGAUGACAUUGUAAGUGAUAACUGUACUGCUGGCGUGUCAAGCCUGUUGAGUCUCCUGGUAUGUGUUUUCCCCUGGAAAAGUGGAGUGUUCAGGGGUCUAGUCACAUGGUUGGUUGUAAUGUACCAGUUUUCUUGUUGUCAUUCGCCAUUGCCUGACCAUUAUCCGCCCACCCACCCUUCAAGCUGGAUAGUUUUAAGUGAUUGCCUCCUAUGGUCAUUCAGUUUCUCUUUGGAGCCUCUAUUAGCCAGGACUUCUCAUUACAGUAUUUAGAAUAGUUUCUUGAUGUUUUGUUUGUAAGUUUUGCUGGGGCAUGUAAUCUCUGGAGUCUGUCUCUGUCUCUGUUUUUUUCCUCUGUUGUACUAUUUUGAUGUUUUGUAAUAAAGUUCCUAUUAAAUUAAAUGGUUCAGCUUGACUUCGCUCCCAGUUGCGUGCUUUGACUUGCCUUGGAUCACAGUUUUCUGUGAGAAGUUCUAAUUAUUUUUUUCUCACUCAAUAAUUUUGAAUUCUUUAUUGUGUAUCUUUAUUACCAGGAAUUGACAGGAAUUUACAGAAUUAAUUAUGACAGCAGUCUAAACCGGUCUAAUGGCUUUCCGGUGUUUGCUACAGUGAUUGAGGCCAAUUACAUUACCAAACAGGAUGACAAAUUAGCUGUCACGAGUUUAACAGAUGAAGAUGUCAAGGCUAUUAUUGAUUUAUCAAAGGAUGAGAGAAUUGGAGAAAAGGUACUAAUUUGAUAUUAUUUAAGGCACAAAACCAGAAUUUGGUGUACAGGAUCUUAACAACUUUAAUGAAGCAAUAUUUGCUUCUUCAUUGCAUCUUAGAAUUAGAAGGUUAAAAAUAAAGUGAAUUGAGACGUGCAACGCUAUUCAUGCUUGUAAUAGUAUACCUGCCAACUCUCACGCCUUAGGAGUGAGUCUCACUCCUGCGGGUUGAAAUCUUCAAUCUCACGCCGGCUCACGCUUGUGGGCCAAUUUCUCACGCCUGAUUGAAAAAUGUGAGUUGUUGCCGUCUUGCUUGACACAAUUUCCAAAAAUAUGUUAACUCAGACCCAUGUAAGGAACGAAAACCAUGUGUAAAAUGAAGAAAUGACAAUACCUUCCUUGCGAUCUCUGAUUUUGUGGAUAAGCAUUUUCUCGAUAUCUUCACCUUCGGCAGACUUCGGAAGACUUCGGACUUCUUCGGGAAUCUUCGGAAAUGAUCGUGCCGUCUCCAAAAAUCCCAGCACUCCCAGGAUAAAAAUCUCACGCUUAUAUCUCAGAAAAAGUUGGCAGGUAUAUAAUAGGUGGAAUAUGUUUGUUGGUUCAGAGGACAAUUUUCAUUUUUAAGGGUCAGGCAGGUUAAAAUGCCAGUGGGUGGAAAUCUCUGUUUCCUAUAAGUUUGUUAAUUCCCAGCAGUUUACUAAUAAUUAGUAAUAAUUAUAUUAAUUAUUUUAAUUU